UACAAAGAUGACGUGGAUACUAUUGCCAGUAAUUAUCCAGGUGUUUGUCACAUGUGUCCGGGCGAGUGACAAAGUGUUUUGGUAUGAAAGUGGGGCCAUAGACGGCAGGUAUGAAGCCUCGCCUAUCGGUAAUGGACGGAUAGGUGGAUUUGUUUAUGGACACCCGGAGAAAGAGAGAGUAAAUAUCAACGAAAUAACUUUAUGGACGGGCGAUGACAACCCUUCCCACGAUUACGGCGGACCCGGUUUUGGCGAUUAUCAGACGUUGGGUAAUAUUGUCGUCGAUUUACCCGAUCAUAAAAACAACAAUAACUACAGACGAGCCCUGGAUAUCGGGGACGCCGUGUCAAGCGUCCAAUACGAAGCGCAUGGCGUUCAAUACAAACGCGAAUACUUUGUGAGUCAUGUGUCGCAGGUAUUAGUCGGCCGGUUGACCGCCAACAAGGGACAGGCAUACACCGGACACAUUGAACUACAGGACUCGCAUAAAGUGGCCGUCCAUGCGGAGGGCAACACGAUCUCAGCGAACGGCAAACUCGAGAAUGGGCUACGAUUUGGAUGGAAAGUGUUGGUCCAAAACACCGGCGGAAGUCUCAAAGUGAACGGCGCCGUCAUAGAGUUCAACGGUUGCGACGCCUUGACUCUCAUCGUUAGCGCCGGUACUGACUAUGUGUUCGACGACUCGAAGAAGUAUAAGUCCGGCGAAGACCCGGCUGUUCACGUGAACGAUUGGGUCGCCAAAGCAUCCCAAAAGUCGUACGAUAGCCUUAAGGCGGAACACAUGUCGGACUUCCACGGUUUGUUCAAUAGAGUGGACCUGGAUUUGGGUCAGUCGUCGGCACAACAGACGGCGUUACCGACCGUUAGACGGAAGGUCGCGGCCGUCAAUACAUUUGAUCCAGAUUUCGAAGAAAUGUUUUUCCAGUUCGGACGGUAUCUCAUGAUAUCGGCGUCGCGAGACAGUCUCCCGACGAACUUACAGGGUAUGUGGAACGACAUCAAUAACCCGGACUGGCAUGCUGACUACCACGGAAACAUUAAUUUAGAAAUGAACUAUUGGCCUGCGGAAACAACUAACCUUGGUGAAUGCCAUUUGCCUCUAUUCAAUUUUAUUCGUAGUCAAUUGAAUCCUUGGCGCAAACAAACGCGUGAAUCCGAUAAAUUACUGACACCGGACGGCAAACACUCAUCCAAAGGGGUGGCCUGUAUCGGACAGCACAAUAUUUACGGAGGAAUGGGUUACUUCAAUAUGGAUGGUAACGUGGAUUGGGAUAAGACGAUCACCGCUUGGUAUGCGCAGCACUUUUGGGAGCAUUACGCGUUCGGAAUGGAUAAGACAUACCUAAAGGACGUGGCGUAUCCUUACAUGAAAGAGGUGGCCGAGUUCUGGGACGAACACCUGAAGACUGUUACAAAAGGCACUAAAGAGCAGUUGGGAAAACUGGUUGUCCCUAAAGGUUGGUCACCAGAACACGGACACGAAGAGGAUGGCUGUAGCUAUAGUCAAGAGAUUGUAUGGGAUUUGUAUACAAAUUACGUGAAAGCCGCGGACGCUUUGGGAGUCGACAAAGAGUUCAGGGAUCGCAUUGCCGGUCAGAGGGAUAAGCUGUUAUGGCCAGGGAUUGGAUCGUUCGGACAAGUGAUGGAAUGGAUGGAAGAACAACCCGGAGAGAAGGAUGACCAUCACAGACAUACUUCCCAUUUGUUUGGCGUAUUUCCAGGACAUCAAUUCAAUUGGGAGACAACGGCCAACUUGACCAAAGCGUCCCUGGUGUCACUUAAUGCCAGAGGUAUAGACCCAUCCAGUGAUGUGACGGAGUGGGCGUUCGCGUGGCGCUCAGCCCUAUACGCCCGGCUCAGGGAUGCCGACCAGGCCCACCACUUACUUCGCGAGCUGUUGGCCGAUCGUAAUACCUGUGCCAAUAUGUUUGCAAAGCUCCCUGCGAUGCAAGUCGACGGUAACUUCGGUAUUACCGGAGCCAUCCCAGAAUUCCUUGUCCAGAGUCACGCGGAUGUCAUUGAUUUGUUGCCGGCUCUGCCCGGGGACUGGAAGGUCGGACACGCGAAGGGUCUGCGGGCCAGAGGGGGACACGAGUUGGAAAUCUAUUGGGAUAAUCAUACGUUGAAUAAUGUUUUAAUUAAGAGUGUGGUCGCCGGCGAUGUGAAGGUUAAGUUUGGAGAUACUGUCAAAACAAUUAAAGUAGAUCCGAGUAAAGCGACUCAUUUGGACCACAAUCUGAAUCCAAUUCCUUAA